UUGGCGGUCAGACACAGUCGAUCGUUGCUUUGUAGUCAUUAUAGGUGCGCACUAAAGUCUUCGAAUCGUUUGAAAACCAAUACGAAAUGGCCAGUAAAGAUGAUAGCGACAAGGAAAACCUCUUUAAAGGAAAAAUCUCGGACCGAACGCGGUCCAAAUCAUCGAAACGACGUACGCCAAAAGAAAACAAGGAACAGGCUAUUUUUWAAAAAAUCAGGACAUACCAUGAAACAGGAGAAAGGCCAAAAAGACUGGUGACUGUUGAAAGAGAUGUUUUUAAGUCCAUCGAAGAAGAAGAUUAUGAGAAAAGAGAGCUCGAAGAGAGAAAUUGCAUCGAGGACGAUAUUGGCGAUGGCGCAUACCAUACGGAUGGCAAGGAAAUCGUGGAUAACUUUCAAAGGGGAAAAGGCAAUGAAGCGCACAGCGAACGCUUCACUCUGAAGCCGCUAAAGAAGACCCAGAUCUACAUGUGUUAUGGCUGUGGCAGUCCCUUUCGAGAGAAGCCAAAGGGUGGUAGACAAACCGUUCCACCGCCUCCAAGAGACGUUGUUUUGAAACGAAAGCAUACACGCGAGUAUUACCACCCCUAUAAUAAAGAAUUGACCCCCUCUAAGGCACCCGAGUUUUGUUAUUAUCACAUUUCUUUGGAUUGCAUACUCAAAAAGAAUCCAAAAUUUAAAAUAGAGGAAGUAUGUAUCUCUAAGGGCGAAUGGUAUAAAAAAUUAUCCUCUUCGCACAAGGAUGUUUUAGAAAAAGUAUUCGGUAUUAGAGACUUCACCUGCAAUGAAGACCAUUAGAGACAACCUUGCAUAUACAUAUUGUAUUGGCUUAGAUGACCGCAUAAAAUGGUGGUCCCAUCUCAUUUAAAGAAGUUGGACAUAAAAGGUUUUAAGUUUAUCAGAGAUCAGUUUCAAUUAUAAUUUCACCCUCUAAUAAAAGAGUCGAUUAUAACUACGAAUAUUUAGUUUCCACACGUGGCGUUCUCGUGCUCUCGUCUCGGGGUCCAACGAACUAUUCCCAAAAACCGCUAAAUAAUAUAAAGCUAAAUAUGUUCACAAGGAUUUUACCUCCUCUUGAACCAAUUAAAGUUUUAGACAAUUA